UUGUUCCAAAAAGUUGCUCUGCCAGAGUCAUUUGGUGGUGAUUCUCGGCUGCCCACAGGAGCUCAUGUGGUCGUGCUUUGUGUGCUUGUCCUACUAAAGGAGGAGCUGAGCAAGACUGAUCAGGAGGUGAUGAAAUGCAAGCAUCACAAGAAACACUAUGACGAAAAACGCAGUGCCCAUCUCCAAAACAUACAGACCCUGGAGGCCAGCCUGGAAAGCAAGGAGCAGGAACUACAGAUAUCUGUCGCCAAGGCCACAGAAAUCUGUCCCAAGCGCCUGGAAGGACGACGGAACGCCAGGAGUCUGGACAGUGAGAUCAGCCGCCUCAAGGUUAAGAUCACGACCCAGCAGGAACAACAGGGUGACCGGGAGGAGGUUGUGAGGCAGUACCACGAGGCUCUGGAGAACUACAAGAACAUGGCACAGCAAAUGAAGAACCUCAACAGCUUCAUCAAAAGUCUGGAUAGUGUCAUGAACCACAGACUCCAGGUUUAUGCUGAGCUCCGGAGGUUCCUCUCGGCCCGCUGUAAAUACUACUUUGAUAGCAUGCUGGCUCAAAGAGGCUACACUGGAAGUAUGACCUUUGACCACAAGAAUGAAACCCUCUCCAUCUCAGUGCAGCCAGGCCAGGGAAACAAGGCUGACUUGAGUGACAUGCGCUCCCUGUCCGGAGGCGAGCGCUCCUUCUCCACUGUGUGCUUUGUCCUCUCUCUGUGGGCCAUCACAGAGGCGCCUUUCCGCUGCCUUGACGAGUUUGAUGUUUACAUGGACAUGGUGAACAGGAGGAUAUCAAUGGACAUGAUGCUGAAGGUGGCUGCUGGUCAGCGCUACAGACAGUUCAUUUUCCUCACCCCACAAAGCAUGAGUUCUCUCCCAGUGAGUAAGAUAAUCCGCAUCCUCCGUCUGAAAGAUCCAGACCGCUGCCAAAACAACAAUGCACAAAGAAGUCAAGACGACGAGGACCAGUAAUAUAGCUAGCUCGUAAUAUAAAAUCAAAUGAGGUAAUGAGACCACUAGCAGGCGUUAAGACCCUCCACCAAUCAGGGCAAGAUAGGGUUGUGUGCCAUUUUCUGGGAACAUUUGUGUUGCAAAAGUGCAGCCACAUGUUGUUCUGUUCCCAUCAGAGUUUUUGUUUUGUUUUUGUUUUUUUCCUCUGUGUUCAAAAGGUAAUAAUUGUUCAAAGGUCUGUUUAGUAGGCAGUCCCGUAACUGUUUUGUACUAUAGUGCUGCAUUCAAGCACCAAUAAAAUGUUGGCACUGUUAGUUUGAGGGGCACUGCACAUGGAGGCGAAGUAUUUUUAUAUCCCCUGCCAAAAUACCUGUUUAAAGGCACAUUGAAGAAGUUAAUGAUGUCACUGUAAGUAAUAUUUAAUUUUCAUUAAACCACACGUUAAGAGACAAA